GUUCUAUUGUAAGUCCGGCAUUAACACCGAGACAUUUAGAAGGAGCCUAGCCAGCUAGCAUGAUGGGCCGUUCAAAAUGUUGAAGCUAUCACAUUCAUAAACUUGCUAUAUAUCAGCAAACGUAACGCCGCUGUACUCAAAGUUCUUCUAUUUUUAUUAUUCAAAGUUGGCAACAACAAUUAAGCUCUACAUUCCUAACUCCUAUAAUAUGACACAAAAUCAGGCUGCCUGGGUUACAGGUUCUGCUGCGCAGCCUACGCAUCCAUUUAGCAUCCAGGAUGCACCAUAUCCCACAGCGGGACACGGCGAGGUCGUGAUUAAAAAUACCGCUCUUGCUAUUAAUCCCGUUGACUGGAAAAUCCAGACACAUGGUGCUCCAUGGUUAGGAAAAUGGCCAUUCAUCCUAGGCACAGAUGUUGCUGGAGUGGUGGUUGAUGUGGGCUCUGGUGUGACUCGCUUCGUCAACGGCCAACGGGUUGUCGCGUAUGGCCACUCUUUAGGAUCACAGAAUCCUGCCAACGCGGGGUUCCAGCUGUACACAUUGGCGAAGGAAAGCCAUGCAGCGGCAAUUCCAGAUUCCAUUAGCUUUGAAGAAGCCGCUGUGCUGCCGCAGGCUCUCUGUACCGCCGCAGCAGGCCUGUUUUUGAAAGACAGUCUCGAUCUUCCGCUGCCCUCUGCCACCGAUAUAAAACCAACCGGAAAAUCGAUUCUUAUUUGGGGUGGAGCGUCUUCGGUUGGCGGAACGGCUAUCCAGCUUGCACAGGCAACAGGUUUGACAGUGAUCACCACUGCAUCAGCUCAUAACCAUGAGUUGGCGAGGUCUCUAGGCGCAAAUGCUGUUUUUGACUACAAAUCGCCCACUGUCGUCAAGGAUAUUGCUGCCGCGCUUGCCAACACGGAGUUUGUUGGUGUCUUCGACGCCAUUUCGGAACCUUCCAGUUUCGAAAUGGUGAGGGCAAUUCUAGACCAGUUGAAAGCAGGUGUCAAGACUGUAUGUGUUCAACCAUAUAAUAAACCUACGGAACAAUUUGCUCCAGUUUUUAUCAUGUCCAAUGCCUUGACCUUUGACUCCAACAAAUAUGUUGCCGAUGGUAUCUGGAAAGACUUUGUCUCGAAAGCACUCGAAAACGGACGGCUUAAGCCGAAGCCAGAUCCCGAGGUGACUGGAAAUGGAUUGGAAGAAAUCCAGAAGGCGGUUGACAUUCUAAAGAAAGGUGUCUCCGCCAAAAAGAUCAUUGUUACUUUGUGAUACCGAUAUGCUAGGGAAUCCUUUUGGCCACGGAGAUUGGCGUUGUGGGAGAUCCAAGUCUCCGUAUGAGUAGUUUAAACCAUUCGCAGUCUAUGGCAAAUAGAAUAUAUAGGAAAUCCAUUCGAUCAACCAUUUUUAUGAUUUCGGGUGCCUGAUGAGCGAAGAGCAUCACACCUCCAUCGAGUCACGUGACAAUAAACAUGAAGCCUAAGCCAGAAGCACCUAGAAGUCCUUAACUUUCUGUUACACUUUAUCUAGGGAAAAAGGAACCGCGCGCUAGGCAGCAACAAAAUUAAGGCAGUGC